AUGAAUGAACAUAAUAAAGUUGUAACUGAAGUUGUGAAAUCAAAAGAUCAAAAUGAUGAUAAUGUUUUAACACGAGAAAUUGUGGAAACAUCUGAUUCACAUGUAGAAAAAUCUCAAUCAUCUUCAUCUGAUGGUAAACCAACUAAUAAUAAUGAAGAAAUUGAUUUAUCUAAGUUUUCCAACAAUACUGGAGGAAAUAUUGAUGCCGCAAAAGAAAAAUUAAAUGAUGAUAUCAUAAGAAAUGCUUAUUAUUUCAUGGCUCUCGGUUGUGGCGUUUUCGUUUUUUCUUACGGUCAAAUGUCUUUUUGGAUGUUUUCCGGUGAAAGACAGGCAAAAAGGAUUCGUGAAUUGUAUUAUACUGCAAUCCUUCGUCAAGAUAUUGCUUUCUUUGAUACUGUCUCGACUGGUGAUGUUACCACUCGUAUCUCUGGUGACACGAGCCUUUACCAAGAAGGAAUUUCAGAAAAAGUUGGUUUAAUAUUACAACAGUUCGCCACUUUCAUUGGUGGUUUCGCAAUCGCAUACACAACAGGAUGGAAAUUGUCACUUGUUCUUACUGCUAUAAUUCCCCUCCUUGCUAUCGCUGGAGGUGUAAUGGCCAAAGCCAUUUCUAAUGACGCUUCUCAAGGACAAGAUGCUUACGCCGAAGCCGGUGGUAUAGCCGAACAAGUAUUAUCUGGAAUUCGAACUGUCGUUUCAUUUGGCGGUGAAAAACGCGAACUCGCUCGUUACCAGAAUAAAUUAAAUGAUGCAUAUAAACUUGGUGUAAAGAAAGCUUUUAUAAGUGGUACCGGUCUUGGUGCGAUGAUGGGUAUUAUGUUUGGAAGUUACGGUUUAGCUUUCUGGUAUGGAAGUAAACUUAUUGUCAAUAAUGAACAAACUGGUUCGGAAGUUUUGAAUGUCUUCUUCGCUGUUAUCAUUGGUGCUUUCUCGAUCGGAAAUGCUGCGCCGCACUUCUCAUCGGUGGCAAACGCGUUAGGUGCGGCUACCAAACUCUUCGCUGUUAUCGACAGGGUUCCCAUUAUAGAUUCCUCUUCAAAUUCAGGCAAAAAUAUCAAUAGAUCUGAACUUGUAGGAAAAAUUGAAUUCAAAAAUAUCAAUUUUCAUUAUCCCACGCGCCCUGACGUGCAAGUUUUAAAAGAUUUCAAUUUAACGAUUGAACCUGGUCAAACUGUUGCUCUCGUUGGUAGUUCAGGAAGUGGUAAAUCAACAAUUGUUGGUUUAUUAGAAAGAUUUUAUAAUCCCGCUAGCGGAACUAUUACUUUGGAUGGUGAAGAUAUUAAGAAUAUAAAUGUUAAAUCUUUAAGAACUCAAAUUGGUCUCGUAGGUCAAGAACCCAUCCUUUUCCCUGAAAGUAUUAAGCAAAAUAUUUUAUGGGGUGCUGAUCCUAUCGAGAAAGAUCAAAGUUUGGAACAUGUUAUUGAAGCUUGUAAGAAAUCCAAUGCUCACGAUUUCAUUGAUGAGUUACCAAAAAAAUAUGAUACCUUGGUUGGUGAAAAAGGUGCUUUGUUAUCUGGAGGUCAAAAACAACGUAUCGCAAUUGCUCGUGCUUUGAUUAAAGACCCUCCGAUAUUGUUACUCGACGAAGCCACAUCUGCUCUUGAUACUGAAUCUGAGAAACUUGUGCAAGAUGCUCUUGAUAAUGCUUCAACGAAUCGAACUACAAUCGUUAUUGCUCAUCGGUUAUCAACCAUUAAAAAUGCCGAUAAAAUUGUCGUUAUGUCUAAAGGUGAAAUUAUUGAAGUUGGUCGUCAUGACGAAUUAAUAGCCAAAGAAGAUGUUUAUUUUGGACUUGUAAAAGCCCAAGAGUUAAAGACUCGACAACAUGCCGAAGAUAUUAACGAUGACGAAGAGGAUGAAGACGAUUCAAGUUUAAGUAGUCAAACCGAGAAUGAAACAACCAUUACUUUUGAUGAAAAGCAUCACAAUUUACAUUUACGUCGUAUGUCAACAAAAGCUUCAACCGUAAAGUCUGGUGGUAAAUCAGAGCAAGAAAUUCUUGAAGGGUCCGAGGCAGAAAAAUUAUUGCAAAAAAUGCCAAUUUCAAGAGUCUUUAGAAUGAACUCUCCCGAAGCUAUUCUCUUAUUCAUUGGAACUCUCGCUGCCGCCGUUAAUGGAGCCAUCAUGCCACUUUUCUCUUUAAUUUUCUCUUCAAUUUUAGCCGUAUUUUCAAGAACUGAUCAACCUGAUGAACUUCAAAAACAAGCAAAUUUCUGGGCUGGGAUGUUUGGAGUUCUUGCUUUGGUCGCAUUUCUUUGCAAUUUCUUCCAACUUUCAUGUUUCAUGAUUUCAGCUGAAAGACUUACAAGAAGGUUACGCAGCUUAACAUUUGAAGCUCUUAUGAAACAAGAAAUCGCUUAUUUUGAUGAUGAAAAUAAUGGUACCGGUAUUCUGACAUCAAAAUUAGCUGUUGAUGCUACUAAAGUAGAAGGAUUGACUGGUUCUUUGAUGGGCAAUAUACUUCAAAGUCUUACAAAUAUCGCAUUGGGACUUGGAAUUGCAUUUUACUUUGGUUGGAAACUUACAUUGGUUAUUCUGGCAGCAGCUCCGGUUGUUGCUAUUGGUGGAUUUUUGGAAAUGAAGGCUCUCGCAGGUUAUGGGGCCAAAACGCGUAAAGCUUAUGAAGGUACUGGACAAAUUGUUCAACAAAGUGUUUCCAAUAUGAGAACAAUUUCAGCCCUAACCAGAGAAGAUACAUUCAGAAACAUGUACAUUGAAGCUAUUCGAAUUCCUCACAAGAUUGCCGUUAAAGGAAGUUUCCUAUCAUCUUUUGGAUUCGCAGCUUCUCAAGGAUUUUUAUAUUUUAUCUGGUCUCUUGCUUUCUGGUAUGGAGGUCAAUUAGUUAUUAGUCGAGAAUACGAAACCAAUGGCCGUUGGACAAAUGAGGCAACCAAAGUUGCAGCACUUUCAAUUUUUGAAAUUCUUGAUCGUAAACCGAAAAUUGAUGUCUCAGAUACCGAAGGAAAAGAUAGACCUACGCCAGUUACAGGUGAAGCAAGGAUUGAAGAAGUGCAUUUUAAUUAUCCAGCAAGACCCGAUGUACAUAUUCUUAGAGGAUUGGAUAUGUCAAUUCUAGCUGGUAAAAAUAUUGCCCUAGUUGGAUCAUCAGGAUCGGGAAAAUCAACAGUCGUUGCAUUAUUGCUAAGAUGGUAUGAUGUGAACUCAGGAAAGGUCGAUAUAGAGAAGGUUAAUAUAAAAGAUUGGAACCUUGAAUAUUUGAGAUCUAACCUUGCAUUAGUAGGACAAGAACCUGUAUUGUUUGAUUUAACUAUAAAAGAAAGUAUUGCUUAUGGUAAAGAUGGGUGUUCACAAGAAGAAAUUGAAACAGCAGCGAAAGAGGCAAAUAUUCAUAACUUUAUAAUGAGUUUGCCUGAUAAAUAUGACACAAAAGUAGGAGAAAAAGGUACACAAUUAUCGGGGGGACAAAAACAACGUGUUGCUAUCGCGAGGGCAUUAAUUCGUUCACCAAAGUUAUUAUUGCUUGACGAAGCCACAUCAGCUUUAGAUUCCGAAUCCGAAAAGGUAGUUCAAAAUGCAUUAGAUAAAGCUUCUGAAGGUAGAACCACGAUUACUAUUGCACAUCGGUUGUCCACUAUACAAAAUGCUGAUUUAAUUUUAGUUUGUAAGAAGGGUAAAAUUGUUGAAAGAGGUAAUCAUAUGGAAUUAAUCUCUCAACAAGGUUUAUAUUAUGAAUUAGUUAAUAAGCAAACUUUAAUGAAAAAGAAGUAA